CGGCCGCAGGUGGCGGCGGCCCGGCCGGGGCGGCUGCGGGCAGCGCACGGUGCCCACCGGCACCCGGGGGAGCCGGUACCGGGGGCUGGGCCAGGAGCGGGUACCGGUACCGGGGGUCGGACCGAACAGGGAGGGACUGAGGGUAGUGCCAGGAAGCGGGUCCCGGGAGCGGGGCUGUGUCAGGGGACGGAGCAGGUGCCGGGACCGGCAGCGCAGCGUUAGGAUAACGGGUGUCCCCGGUGCCUCGGGCAGCGGUAGGAGAAGAGGGACCGGGACCGGGACCGGCGCCAGGAGAGGGAGUUCCCCGGUCCCAAAAGACGGUGACAGGAGAGAGGUCCCGGGACCAGAAGCGCGGCAUUAGGACCGGGAUAAGGAGGAUCCCGGUACCAGAGCGCGGUGCGGGAAGCAGGGAGAGGAGCCGGUACCGGAGCGCAGGGUUCAGACGGAAAGCGGGGGCGGGCUCGGGGCGCGGGGUCAGGUCCCGGUGCCGGGACAGCGCCAGGAGCCGGGUGUCCGGUACCAGUCCCGGGGCAGUGCCCGGUGCCAGGUGCCAGUGCCGGUACGCAGCGGUAGGAAGGCUCGGGCUGUAUCGGGGUGUCCCCGGGAUCGGGGUGCAGCGCCAGGCGAGGGGUGCCGGACCCGUGGGAGCGGAGCCGGCGGCGGGGGGGGGGCCGUCCCGGUGCCCGGGCGCCGCGCUCCGAGUGGGUGGCGGCACCGGCGGGGGGGGGGUGUAGGGGGGGCUGUGGGGGGGGUCAGUUGUCCCGGGCGGUCGGCGAUCCCGCAGCGGCGACGGGGCCGUGGGUGUGAGAAGGAAACGGCGCCGACCCGCCCCUGGCACCGCGACCCUCUAAAAGCCCCGAGGCCGCCGCACCGGGACCAUGCCCGCCCCGGCCACCCGUGCCCCCGGCGACUGAGCGGGGCCCGCGGAGGCAGCGGGGGCCGGUGGCCGGGAUGCCCCGGCGGAGCCCGCUCGCCCUCGGCCUGCUCGGCCUCGCCGCUUGCCUGCUGGCCGCGCCGGCGCUGGGCUGCGGCCCGGGCCGGGGCCCGGUGGGGCGGCGGCGGUUGGGGCGGCGGCAGCUCUCGCCGCUGCUCUACAAACAGUUCGUGCCCAACGUGCCCGAGCAGACGCUGGGGGCGAGCGGGAAGGCGGAGGGCAAAGUCCUGCGGGGCUCGGAGCGCUUCAGGGACCUGGUGCCCAACUACAACCCCGACAUCAUCUUCAAGGACGAGGAGAACACGGGGGCGGACCGGCUGAUGACCGAGCGCUGCAAGGAGCGGGUGAACUCGCUGGCCAUUGCGGUGAUGAACAUGUGGCCGGGGGUGAAGCUGCGGGUGACGGAGGGCUGGGAUGAGGACGGGCACCACCUCCCCGAUUCGCUGCACUACGAGGGCCGGGCGCUGGACAUCACCACGUCCGACCGCGACCGCCACAAGUACGGCAUGCUGGCGCGCCUGGCCGUGGAGGCCGGCUUCGACUGGGUCUACUACGAGUCCAAGGCGCACAUCCACGUCUCUGUCAAAGCAGAUAACUCACUGGCUGUCCGCACCGGCGGCUGCUUCCCCGGCCAUGCCACCGUGACGCUGCAGAGCGGCGAGCGCCGGGGCCUGGCCGACCUGCGCCGGGGCGACUGGGUGCUGGGUGCAGAGCCGGGCGGGCGCCUGGUGCCCACCGAGGUGCUCCUCUUCCUCGACCGUGACCUGGGCCAACGCACCUCCUUCGUAGCCAUUGAGACGGCCAGCCCGGCGCGCCGGCUGCUCCUCACCCCGUCCCACUUGGUUUUCGCAGCCCGCGGGGCGGCCAACAGCACAGCCGCCUUCCUUCCUGUCUUCGCCCGCCGUGUCCGACCGGGUGAUGCAGUGCUGGCCCACGGGGCCGGUGGGCAGGGGCUGCGUCCUGCACGGGUGCUGCGGGUCUCGCGGGAGGACGGCGUGGGGGUCUUCGCCCCCCUCACCUCCCACGGCACCCUGCUCGUUAACGGGGUGCUGGCAUCCUGCUACGCCGUCCUGGAGAGCCACCGUUGGGCCCACCGUGCCUUCGCCCCUCUCCGCCUCUUCCACGGGCUCCUCUCGCUGCUGCCCGCCCGCACUGAGGCGGGCAACGGGACGGCACCGGAGCCGGGCAUGCACUGGUACUCCCGCCUGCUCUACCGGCUGGCCGGCGGUGUGCUGGGCCACGAAGCCCUGCAGGUUUAGGGGUCCCCAGCUCCCCCAGUUGCCUCACUGCAGAUCAUGCCGCACACUGGAAACAGGGGGCUCCCCCUUGGACCCAGGCUGGAGGGACAAGGGGCACCCCGAGCCCUGCGGGGAGGUUGGGGUGUCUCUUGGCUCAGCACUGCCAACGGGGGUGGGGUGCUGGGGAUGGGGUGUCAAGGGGUGGGGUCAGCCCCUUCCUGUGUCCCAGAACCCCCCCACAGCACUGCUGAACCCCCGCACGCUCCCCCUGUAUUUAUUGCUUUAUUAACCACUGAGGGGUUGCUGCCUGUCAAGCCAAGGCCGGGCACCACCAGACCCUGUCCCAGGGCCAAAUCAAGUCCGGGGAGAUGCCGAAUCAGCCCAGCCUGGCAGCAGUCCCUGCGUGUCCCCCAGCUCUGGGGCUGACCCUCCGUUACCCAUGGUGUCCCUGUCCCCGUGCAGCUCGGUGCCGCAGGGUGGCUGGACGGGGCGGCUGUCGCAGGCAUGGGCUUGGCUCUAACCGUGCUAACUGCUAACCUGCCCUGCUUGAGAGUUUUAUUUUUCUAUUUAUAAAUGGUAAUAUAAAUGUCCCCCGCGCCCACCCGCCCUGGCAGCGGGGCCCGCCCUGUGGGGCAGGGGGCCAGCCUGCUUUUAACCACUUCUGUUUAAAAAAAAAGGAAAUACUACUAUUUAAUUGUUUGGGUAAAUAAAGAGACUCUAUGGCCCUA